AUGGCCGACCGCAGCCCAUCAGAAGAGUCCAAUCUAAAUGCCCCGCCCAUAGCCCCAAACGGCAACGAUCAGGUCACGGAAAACAACCAAUGGCAAGAGACAUCACUCGAUGUCACGCCCACAAAUCCAAGCAACCCAGCUGCUGCAAGUGAUGGUGAUUCUGCUGCCGCUCCAAGGUCGAAGUUCACUUUUCACCAAAAGAUCAUCUUUCUCAGCGCAGGUUUGACUUCCUUCUCAACUUGGAGUUCCUAUGCCAUCAUUUCAGUUUUCUUUGCGACAGAGGCUGAAGCGAAAGGAAUGUCGCAGACGGUCGUAGGACUUGUGUUUAGCUGCUACUUCAUCGCGUCUGGUAUAGGUGCACCGAUCUGGGGCAAAGUUCUGCCACGUUUUGGCGCCCGUUUCGUAUUUCUUGCGGGAGCUUUUGUCACCGGCGGUUGCAGCGUCCUGCUGGGCUUCGUUGUGGAUAUGCCUACAUUGGCAACCUUUACAGGUUUCACUUUUGCCAUACGGACCCUAGAAGGCCUUGGAUCGUCCGCCUGCAAUACUGCUAUAGGUGCCAUUCUCACCUACACCUUCAAGGAUAAGGUCGGCGUUGCAACAAACCACGCCCAUGACCACACCCACGACUAUGCCAAUGACUACGCCCACGAUCACGACCAUGCCGAUGACAACACCCACGACAACACCAACUUAAACACGCCCGAAGCCUCCUGA